AUGGAGUCCACGGUGGUGUGCGUGGACAACAGCGAGUUCACGCGGAAUGGGGACUACGCACCUACCCGGUUCCAGGCCCAGGCGGAUGCCGUGAACCUGCUGGCCGGGGCCAAGACCCAGCACCACCCCGAGAACACGGUGGGAGUGAUGAGCAUGGCGGGGCGCAGCCCCCGGGUGCUCGUCACCCCCACCACCGAGCUGGGAAAGGUGCUGAACGCCAUGAUGAAGAUGGACAUUGAGGGGGAUGUGCACCUGGCCACGGCCGUGCAGAUAGCCCAGCUGGCCCUGAAGCACCGCGAGAACAAGAACCAGAGGCAGCGCAUUGUCAUCUUCAUCGGCAGCCCCAUCCAGGAGGACAAGGACUCCAUGGUGAAGAUCGCACGGAAGCUGAAGAAGAACAACAUUGCAGUGGACAUCGUCAGCUUCGGCUCUGAGGAGGCCAAUGUGGAGAAGCUGGAGGCUUUCCAGGCGGCGGUGAACAGCAACGGCAACAGCCACCUGGUGACGGUGCCGCCAGGCACCAUCCUGUCAGACCAGCUCUUCGCCACCCCGAUAUUCAUGGAGGAGGGGGCGUCCAGCGACGGCGGCGGCCCCGCGCCUCCAAGGAGCAACGUGGUGGACGGCUUUGACUACGGUGAGCUGGGCGUGGACCCCACCCUGGACCCGGAGCUGGCGCUGGCGCUGCGCGCUGACGACGUGGAGGCCAUGGACGAGGACGUGCUGCUGCAGGAGGCGCUGGCCCUGUCCAUGCAGGCUGAGCAGCCCACGCCGGCCGCAGCCACGGCGGCCGCCGUCACCCCCGCCGCGCCGGUCAAGGAGGAGGCCCCGCGCCCCGCCCCACCGGCGAGGGAGGAGGAGGAGGGCAUGGAAGAGGACGAUCCGGAGCUCGCUCUCGCGCUCCAGAUGUCGCUGGCGGAGGAGCACACCCGUGAGGAGGGGGAGCCUGAGCAGGGGUGA